GGCCGGUAGAUCGGCCACGGCAGAGUGAGUGAGAGAGAGAGAGAUAGAGAGAAAGAGAGAGAGAGAGAGAGAGAAAGCAGUCAGCCCUCUCUCGUUCUGCAUGGGAGCUUUUUUCAAACUGCCGAUCGACGCUUCGCAAGCCCUCGCACGGAAACGAUCGAAUGACAUUUUCACGCUAUGCGCGCACGGUAAACGAAGCUCUCGCUGCCUCGUCAUUAUCGUGAUUUGAGUAGUGACGUAAGCGCCCGGCGCGAUGCUCGGAUGUUCGCGAAUGAAAAUGAAGGCCGAGCGCGUGAAGUUGGACAAGGCGGUUAGUGAGACGGCCGGCAGUGUUGUCAGCGGGACAAGGAUAAGUUGGUAGCAGCGGCAACGGCAGGCUGAUGGAUGGCAGUAGGAGACAGCAGCGGCAUACAAUCAGAGGGCCAUUGUGAUGCGUCGAAGCAGCACACGAUCAUCAUCCCAUCCAGCGAGCUGCUGCUGUCAAGCGGACGUGGCAAGCUGUAAUCGAGGAAAGCGAAUACGGAUUUGACGAACUAUGGACUUAGCGAGUUACAUUAGUAUCACACGAUAGAGGUCGCUCGUAACCUCAUGACAACAACCUCCACAACUCAAUUGUCUUCCACGCGACGCAGAGAUAUAAUGUUGCGCUUGCUGGGAGUUCGGCUGCUUUCGCGGCUCCUCGUCCUUGUCUGCUCGCUCUCGCUGAUCUUCGUGCUCUUCCUCAGCCGCUGCGGAUUCAACAACCUCGAUACCGACCUCGAUGAUACGUCUGGUCCAGCCACACAGGCAAGUAGUAAUAUCCUUGAAGCAAAUCAGCGUGAGGAGGAGACGAGGCUGGAGGUGGAGAGGCUUACGGCUGAGAUCCGCACGCUCAAGUUACAGAUACUGCAGCUGACAGGUGUAGCGCCUGGUCAUGGAUUGGACAACUCAGCAAUGCUUAACAGCAGCGAGAUCAGCGACUGUUUGGCUGCUCGACGCCAGGUGGACCAAGCCGAGAUAAGUCAAGGCCUCUCGCUGAACAACGAGUACGAGCUGAUAGCAUUUAGUCAUUUCACCCUAGCGAGGAUGUAUCCAGUGGAGCUGGGCCUAGGGAAGCGGGUCGUGGAGAAGCCGAUCGGCUUCAAACGCAAAGAUUUCGUUGAAGCACUAGCCAAGGCCCUCGAUGUCCUCAAUAGAAACGUGACGGGCCUACAACCAUCGACCGCCAAAUACAACGAGGACGACUUUCUCGAAGGAUUGUACAGGGUAGAGCCUACCACUGGUACGCAGUACGAGAUGUUUUUUAGGACUAAAAAUUUGAAUAAGAGUAGUGCGCAGACGAGUUCGCAGAGCUCUGGGCCUCAGCAGACCAGCCAAACGAAAGUGACGCUGAUGAGACCGUUCGCUCCGAUCCAAUAUGUCAUGACGGAGCAUCGUCCCCAGCACAAGGAGCUCAUCCACAUAAUCUUACCACUGUCCGGUCGGACGAGUACCUUUCAAAGCUUCAUGGACAAGUUCGUGAAGAUAGGCCUGAGGAACGACAGGCGCGUGCACCUGACCGUGGUGUACUUCGGCACCGAAGGCCUGAGCGAGGCGCGUGCCAUUAUGUCGAGGGUGUUGAUGACUCGAGGCAGCGGGGGAACUAAUCAAAAUCUCCGGCUGCUCGCCCUCAACGAGACCUUCUCACGGGGAAAGGGUCUUAGGGUCGGCGCCGAGCGGGCCUGGGGUGGCGAGAAAGACGUGCUGCUUUUCAUGUGCGACGUCGACGUUGUCUUCAGCGCGAGGUUCCUCGACAGGUGUCGAUGGAACACGGCCCCGGCGCGGAAAGUCUAUUACCCCAUCGUCUUCAGCCUCUAUAAUCCGCACGUUGUGUACACGCUGCAGGGUAGAAAUGUACCCCCAGAAACGGAUCAGCUAGUCAUCUCUAGGGAUACCGGCUUCUGGCGCGAUUUCGGCUACGGCAUGACUUGCCAGUACAGAUCGGAUUUUCUGAGGGUACGCGGCUUCGACGAGAACAUCGUUGGCUGGGGUGGCGAAGACGUGACCCUCUACCGCAAGUACGUCAAGAGUAACAUCAAGGUCAUCCGCGCCACCGACCCUGGCAUCUUCCACAUCUGGCAUCCCAAGGUAUGCUCAGGUGGUCCAGGACAACGUCUCUCGACCGACCAAUACCGCGCUUGUAUCCGUUCUCGAGCACUAAACGAAGCGUCACAUGCUCAACUUGGCUUUCUGGCCUUCCGCGAGGAUAUCGAAGGCCAGUCAAUCAGUAGUAUCAAGAGUUCAACUACUAAAAAGAAAAAGCCCGCGUCGAAGAAGGAUAAGAGGACUAAACCGGUACCAGUGAGGACUCUCAAGCAGCGGACAUGAUCGCUGCACCUCUCCCUCCGACCGUUUGUAAAUACUACUGAGUGCUAGUGUACAUAUUGCCGAAUGGUUAUCUAGUCGAUUUACCGUGUGAUAGAAUUUUGAUCGACAUGUUGGAUGAAUUUAUAUUAUUGUUAUUUAUUUUUCCACUGUGUUACAUCAAGUUUAUUUUUUAAAUAGUCGAUAAAUACAAGCAACGUGUGUGAUCAGUUAUAAAAAUAUAUUUAUUUGAUGCUUAUUUAUGAGAGAAAAAAGUGGUUUAAGUAAGAGACUGAACAUGAGUGAUAAUGUAAAUGUGUCAACUGAUAGAAGACAUAUUUGGAAUUGUAAACGUGGUUCAGUGACCUUCUCUUUGUCUGCAGAUUAAUUAAGGAUACUAUUAAGAAAAAAUUUGUAUAGAAAAGUUUCUAUUACACAUAGAGAGUCACUCGUUAUAAGCUAGGUGAAUUGAACGAAAACUAUGAAAAAAAAUGUUUUAGAUAGAUUUGAUGCAUCGUAUUGGUCAAUUAAGAAGAUGUGUAUAUGUGAAAGAAAAAUUUGCGUUGCCUAUCAAAUACAUACUUCACCAUUUACACCUUCACGCCCCAAGCAACUAUCUAAAUAUCAUGUAAAAAAAGUACUGUGUAUAAACUAAAAAUUAUAUUGUAUGGAUAUUAUAUAUGACUCACUAUAUUAAAAUAUCAAAACAUUUUUGGGAAACAAGAAAUUCAAAUGAUUAGUCGUAAUCAGCACUUGAUAAAAAAAUCCGUUUUAACCGAUUUUCUUAAGCAUUUUAUCAACAUCCAAUUUUCACCGCAAUCAAGAAGUUUGCACUGAUUAGUUGAAUAGCAAUUUUUAUCGAGCAUUUAUUAAACAGAAUUUUUAUGAAUCAAUGUACAAAACGAUAACAAAUACGUAGUGGAUUACAUUUUGCCAAUGAAAAUUUUUGAAGACUUACCUUCUAUACACCAGCCAGACAACCCUUUUACAAUCGAUUGCGAAUGGAAAGUUUUUAUCACGCGCAGUCCUCUGAAUUCAGCCUCAAGUUUUUCAUAAAAAAAUCGAGAGAAUCCGACGUCGUUUUCGCUCGCCCCUGUUUCGGCCCGAACUUGGCGCGAGCGAGUGGCUCGGCGCGGUAAAAGCAUCGCGAUUCGAACGAUAUGAAAAUGCCAAGGGAAAUUGCAUUUCGUUCGAUGUACUUCGCGCGCUAGUAAAAACCUAUACCGCAUAAUACACACGCGUACAUGUGCACACGCACAUGCCACCUGUCCAUUGCAUAGGGAGUAACUUUAUGAAAGAGCCGAAAUAGCGGAGCGGCACUUAGCUCGAGAAUUCACGGAAACUGUUCCCUUUGUGUGUGCCCGCGAGGGGAAUUUGAGUACUUUCUUCGCGGAGAGCGCGCGCAUUUUCCGAUGAGAAUUUUUUCAAUUUUGUACUUAACAAGCGUGAAGUUGUCCAAUUUUUACUCCUCGCGAGUUAAUUCAAUGUUAAUCAUUUUUUAACGUCAUACGGACGCAUGUUUCUGCUGCUUUUAUUUGUUUCUGUUGAAUCUAUCGAUGGCAAAUUUUAUGACAAUGUUAUAUACUAUUAUGUAUAGUAGUGCCAAUUGUACAUUAUUUUGUUGCGUAAUACGUUUACAUCAGCUAGAAAAGAAAACGGAUUGAUGUUUAUUAGACAGUAACUUCUUCAUCAGGUUGUUUUGUCUCUGCAAGUUUACGCCAGUGGAAGAGUUUGUAUUAUACAAGAUGUAAACAAAUUAUAACAAAUAAAAUUACAAUAAUAAACUA